UUCUACAUGCGAAUUGUGAAGGGAUGAGCUCUACUACUGAAAGUCUAUAGUACCCCUAACUCUUUUCCUGAAUUACUAGGUGUUAUGCUUUUCAACAAGAGACCAACAAAAGGGUAUAUUGGUAAUUAGAUAGUUCUCUGCAGCAAAACCACCCAGGAAGCUACUCUAUUCUAUCCACCACUCUAAAAGCAAGAACUCAGUAGCUCUUAUCUUUUCAGUGUCAUAAACCCUAAUUCUGCCUGCCUCCUGAAUUUUCACCUGCCUUGGCUCUCAUCGACCCUUCUGUUUCACAAAUGGCGACGUUCCCAUCUUCAGCUUCAAUGUUCGCUUCCGUUCUCCUCUUGUCUUCUCUAAUGGUUUCGCAUCAGCAACCCCUCCUCGACUCGACGGAGCAAGACUCUGUCUACGAAGUCCUUUCCUCCAUCAACUCAGCCAUUUCUUGGCGUACUCUCUUCCCUGAUGAUCUCUGCUUUUCUGCUCCUCACGGCAUUGUUUGUGACUACUUUGAACAACCCAACUCUCAAAAUCUUUCCGUUUCUUCUACCCUUUCUCAAACGGUUCAUGUCACUGAGCUCAGUUUUGGCUAUGUCUCCGAUUAUACGCCAAACCCACCUUGUUCUCCGAACUCUACUCUCAACCCUUUACUCUUCACCUCGUUUAAGUUCCUUCGCAAGCUUUUUUUCUACAAGUGCUUCACUGAAACACCCGUUGUGGUGCCUAACGUUUCUUCUUCGAGUUUUGGGGCUAAACUUGAGGAACUUGUGUUUGUUGAAAAUCCAGCUUUGGUUGGGUCUCUCAGUGGCAUCAUUGGUAAUUUCACCAAUUUGAGAAGGCUGGUAUUGACUGGAAAUGGGGUCUAUGGAAAUAUCCCUGGUGGGAUUGGUAAUUUGGUUAAUAUGGAAGAGAUUACACUCUCAAGAAACCAGUUAACUGGUAAUGUUCCAUUUAGUCUAUCCAAGCUGAAGAAACUGAGAAUUCUAGAUUUGAGUCAAAACCACUUAGAUGGAAAUGUCCCCGAGUCUCUAGGUAAUUUAUCUCAGAUUUUGAAGCUCGAUUUGAGCUAUAAUGGGUUUUCUGGUAAAAUUCCAGUUAGCUUGGUUAACUUGCAGGGCUUGGAGUUUUUAGACCUGAGUUUUAACCGCUUUGGUAACUUUGGAGUUCCCCUGUUCUUGGGAGAAAUGCCCAGAUUGAGAGAAAUGUAUUUGAGUGGGAAUUUAUUGGGAGGGCAUAUCCCAGAAAUAUGGGAGAAGCUUGGGGGUGUUAUGGGAAUAGGAUUUUCUGACAUGGGUCUGGUUGGGAAGAUUCCACCUUCCAUGUGGGUAUACUUGAGAAACUUGUGUUAUCUGAGGCUUGACAACAAUAAGCUCGAAGGGAAUGUGCCAGAGGAGUUGGGAUUUUUGGAAUUUAUCAAUGAGAUCAACUUAGAAAACAACAAUUUGAGUGGUAGAAUUCCAUUUUCUGCUAAAUUUACAGCUAAGCUUGGUGAAAAGUUAAAGUUACAGGGUAAUUCAGGGCUGUGCAUUGAUAAAGUUUUUGUUUCUGGUAAAAAUGAGGGCAGCUUGGAGAAGUUGAAGCUGUGCAACAAAUCAUAUAUUCCCAAUCCUGUCCUUUUCAAAGAGGAUAAUUCUCUUUCUUCCUUAUCAUCAGCACAGGUUUUAUCUUCUUCAUAUGAGUUAACGAUUUUGGGUCUUUGCUUGUCUUUGCUUUGGUAAUUUGUCCAGAGAUCAAGUGGCUAACAGAAGAAAGACACAGGUUGUUGGAAUUCUUUGGGGGUUUAGAUAAGAAGAAGAUGCAAAUAUGUAAUUAUUGGCUUUUAUAAUGAAAAUAUUUAAAAUUGC